ACAUGCACGAUACAUGUCUGGGUGUGAUGACUUGUUGUGAAAAUGUUGCCCUGGAAAGUAACAUUGCCCUCUUUUGUUGUAUAUUUUUUCAUCAUUUGUGCACUAAUUGUCAACUCAGAAUCAGAUGGAGAAACUGAGAAUACUUGUGAUUCCCUGAAGCUGGAUUCCAAAGGAGGAGGAAAAGAUUGUGGCUGUUCUUCCCUCAACCGACGUCAUGAUGAUGAAGAAGAAAAUGGCAAAACAUACACAGCAAAUUUGAACCAGCAAGAAAACAAUGUUAAAGGGACAAAACCAAUCACCCCUGGAGCUGAGGGGGAUGUUCCUUCCGCAAGAACGAAUCAAAUGGUUGCCAUUGAUGGAGGAACUUUUCUCAUGGGAACAAACGAACCGAUUAUUUAUGCUGAUGGUGAAAGUCCAGCCAGGGAAGUGACACUGAAAUCAUUUUAUUUUGAUGUUUAUGAAGCGAGUAAUGCUGAAUUCCAGCUGUUUACAAGCCGGACAGAUUAUGUAACAGAGGCUGAACGCUUUGGAGAUUCAUUUGUUCUGGAGAGCAGAAUUAGUGAAGAAAUAAAGAAGGAUAUCACACAAGCCGUUGCUGCUGCUCCAUGGUGGUUACCGGUGAAAGGAGCAAACUGGAAACACCCAGAGGGACCAGACUCUCAUAUUACAGAUCGGAUGGACCAUCCCGCUGUGCACAUAUCCUGGAAUGAUGCCAAUGAGUAUUGCCAAUGGGCAGGGAAAAGGUUACCCACUGAGGCUGAAUGGGAAUAUGCCUCAAGAGGAGGUCUCAAGAACAGACUGCACCCAUGGGGCAACAGAGAACUCCCUAAGGGUGAACAUCAGAUGAACAUAUGGCAGGGAGAGUUUCCAACAACGAAUACAGCUGAAGAUGGUUGGGAAGGCACUUGUCCAGUAACGGCAUAUUUACCAAAUGGCUAUGGACUAUUUAACACAGUUGGGAAUGUUUGGGAAUGGACAUCGGACUGGUGGACAACGGUGCAUAGUAGUAAACCACAAACAAAUCCUAAAGGUCCUGAUUCUGGAACAGAUAAAGUAAAGAAAGGAGGUUCCUACAUGUGUCAUAAGUCUUACUGCUACCGCUAUCGUUGUGCUGCUCGGAGUCAAAAUACACUGGAUAGCUCAGCUGCAAAUCUUGGAUUCCGAUGUGCUGCUGAUGAUUUACCACAGGGUGUAGAAUGUAAAAACUGUUGAAAUACCAGGGGAGUUCAGAAUUAAGACUUUAAAAUUAAUGCUUAGCUGGGUUGGGAUUGUAAGCUGUUCUCAUUUUUGUUUAAAUUAUAAUUUGAUAAACUGUAAUUAGGCAUGCAACACCUCUGCUGGCUCCAGGUGGAGUUAAGAAUUAAGACUUUCAGAGUAUUGUAAUGAGCACUUAGUUGGGGUGGAAUUGUACGCUGUUCACAUUUUGUUUAACAAUAAUUUGAUCGACUUGGACUUGCCUCCCAUAGACUGUGCAAGUCUCACGCGUAACAAAACACGUCAACAAAGAUAUUUUUUUAUGAAAUCAAAUGUUGGUUUUAAAUUAAAUAAUAUAUAAAAAUAAAUAAAAAUACUCAUUACAAUUUUUAUGAAAUGAGAUUUAGCUUUUGUAUUAAAUACACAAAUAAUUUGUUGGUUACUAUUAAGAAAAAAUUAAACUCUGGGACAAGGAUAUUAACUUGAUCUUAAUUUUUUUUAAAUCCCUUCUGUAAAUCUCUGCCUGAAUAAUGUGCAACAACUAAAAGCUUGUUUAUAUGUGUUUAACUAAUGUGUGUUUGAUACACGCGUCAGCCAUCCGGCUGUCUGCAAAAGACUGUGGAAAAUCCAAAGUUUCCUGGGUGUUAAGAACUGUGUUAAAAGCUGCGUUGAAACUGUCCAUCAUAGGUCCUGUGUACUAGGAUUGGUAGUGCAUGUAAAAGAACCCGGGCCAGCCGUCGAUUUCACCCAACUCUUCCUAACUUAGGA